AAAGAGAAAGUGUGAAACCAACUUGUUCAUAUUGAAAAGAACCAUUGCUCUCUAGAUUAAAAGCUUCUCUCUCUCUCUCUCUCUCUCUCUCUCUCUCUCUCUCUCUCUCUCUCUUUUGGACUUUCUCAAUCCAUAUCCCUCUCUCUGUUUUUUCUAAUUUGAGCCUCUAAAGUCUCCUCGUUUUGUUCAUGUUGUUGUUCAAGUGAAGAAGCUCAAUUAUGUUUACAACAUUGUUGUAAUUUCAAAACUUCAUAAGAAUUUCUCUGAUAAUAAAGAAAAAGCUGGAGUAGAACUAUUUUAAAGUGUCAUCAUGAAGAGACUAAGCAGCUCAGAUUCAAUGUGUGGUCUAAUCUCCACUUCUACAGAUGAACAGAGUCCAAGAGGGUACGGAAGUAAUUACCAAUCUAUGCUUGAAGGUUACGAUGAAGAUGCUACACUAAUCGAGGAAUAUUCCGGCAACCACCACCACAUGGGUCUAUCGGAGAAGAAGAGAAGAUUAAAAGUUGACCAAGUCAAAGCUCUUGAGAAGAAUUUCGAACUUGAGAAUAAACUCGAACCUGAGAGGAAAACUAAAUUAGCACAAGAGCUUGGACUUCAACCUCGUCAAGUAGCUGUUUGGUUUCAGAACCGUCGUGCACGGUGGAAAACAAAACAGCUUGAAAAAGAUUACGGUGUUCUUAAGGGUCAAUACGAUUCUCUCCGCCACAAUUUCGAUUCUCUCCGCCGUGACAAUGAUUCCCUUCUCCAAGAGAUUAGUAAAAUCAAAGCUAAGGUAAACGGUGAAGAAGAUAACAACAACAACAAAGCUAUUACGGAGGGUGUUAAGGAAGAGGAAGUUCACAAGACGGAUUCGAUUCCUUCGUCUCCUCUGCAGUUUCUAGAACAUUCCUCUGGUUUUAACUACCGGCGAAGCUUCACUGACCUCCGUGACCUUCUACCGAAUUCCACCGUUGUCGAGGCUGGAUCUUCCGAUAGUUGCGAUUCAAGCGCCGUUCUUAACGACGAAACAAGUUCUGAUAACGGAAGAUUGACGCCGCCUGUGACGGUUACUGGCGGGAGUUUCUUACAGUUUGUGAAAACAGAGCAAACAGAGGAUCACGAGGAUUUUCUAAGCGGUGAAGAAGCUUGUGGUUUCUUCUCCGAUGAACAGCCGCCGUCACUUCAUUGGUACUCUGCUUCAGAUCAUUGGACUUGAGAAUUGUUUAUCAAAUUGGUGCUCUGUUUAGUCUCAAUGGGAAAACAGAGAAGAGGGCAAAGGUGGAAUAAUUGAUAAAUAAGGAUUAAGGAUGAAGGGGAUUAUUAAAUUAAAUCCGCGGGAGAAGUUAAUUUUGGGUUUAAGAUUGUAAUGGCUCUUCAUGUAAUUAACGAUGUCGAGAGGGGCUUUCACAGAAAUAGGAAUCAAUGGGGACACUCUGAUAUGAAAGCAAUAAAACUACGUUUGACCCCUUAAGUCUGAAUUGUAUUACAUUUCCUACCCCUAAACUUUUCAAUUGAGUAAUAUAACCUAUAUCUUAAUCCAACAAAAUUUUGAAAAUUUACCUUCUUCUAAAAAUUAGAAAGCCAAAUUUCUUUUUUACUAUUUAUCAAAAACUAAAAAAAUAUCUAAAUAACCCAAGUUAUCCAACCAUUCCCAACUUU